CUCCCAAGUCCCAACUGACUCGAUUCAAAUAGAACUUUUGCGCCCUGCGGAGACUGGAGUGGAGAGGAAAACCGAAAGAUUGUGUGAUGUGUGUCAUUUUGAUUUUCAAAAUUCAAGCCAUCAGCUAGGGUUUACUACAGAAAAGAAGGGCGCGUCUGAAGCGAGGGUAAACAGUGGGUGCAUUAAAACACCAGGAUGCCGCCCCGCGAUCUCCGCCGUCCGUUCAAACGCCCGGCCAUCUCAGAUCAGCAGAAACGCCGAGAGCUUGCGCUGCUUCGUCAGGCACAGAAUCGGCGGGACUCUCAGCACCAGGCCCGCCACUUAGCAUCGUCUGUCCUUUCCCUUCAAAACCAGAAUACUGAACCAGAAGCCGAAUUGGGACCUGAAUCCGAAACGGUGGAAUCCGAACAGGAAACUCUCUCGAAGGAUCUCGACAUUCUUCAGGCCUCGAAACUUAAAGGCUCCGAAGCUCGUAAAUGGUUCGCGCGACAGCUCAUGCUCCCUGAGUGGAUGAUCGACGUCCCCCCUCGAUUAAAUACCGAUUGGUAUGUUUUUGCAAGACCUUCUGGGAAACGAUGCUUUGUGGUUUCUUCCAAUGGAACAACGGUCAGUAGGCUUCGGAAUGGCUCCAUCUUGCAUCAUUUCCCAUCUGCUUUGCCGAAUGGAGCCAGGACAAGAGACAUCUCUGGUCCUGCUCACUCAUUUUGUAUCCUCGAUUGCAUUUUUCAUGAGCCGGAUCAGACUUACUAUGUGAUUGACAUGGUUUGCUGGCGAGGAUACUCACUUUAUGACUGCAGUGCUGAGUUCAGAUUCUUUUGGUUGAACUCCAAGCUUGCAGAGACAGGAGCUUGUGACCCUCCUUCCUUAUAUCAUAAGUACAGAUUUAGUUUGGUUCCCAUCUAUGAGUGUAACCAAAUUGGUUUACACACAGCAUACACAGGCGUUGUGCCGUAUGUGAAAGAUGGGCUUUUGUUCUACAACAAGCAUGCUCAUUACCAGACUGGAAACACACCACUGGCAUUAGUCUGGAAGGAUGAAAACUGUAGUCAAUAUGUCCUUGAUACAGACAGUAAUGGACAAGUUCCAACCCAGCAACAGGUUGUCCUUGAUCUGCAAGAGGAUGGUAGAUUAACUACAUCAGAUGAUCCUCCUGUUGUCUUUGGGUGCUUGGAUGGAGAUUUUGUGCAGAAGUCAGGAUUGCGACCGGGAAGUUUUGUGCGUUUUGCGGUUAGUGAUGAAGGCAUGAGAUUUGUAGAUGGAAAGCUUGAGAUGGCCAACAUACAUUAUAUUGGCAAGGCCAACCGUGCACGUGCUUUUGCAGAUAGUUACUCUAAGGUCCUAUUCCAGUAUGCUGCUCGACAUUCUCCUCUUAGAUUUGGUGACCUUAUUGAAUCAGUCAGUUCUUUUUCUGACCUAGGAAAUGAAAAUUUGGAUGUUGAAAUGGUUGAUUGAUAAUGAUUGUGAUAUAAUUGGAGUUUCCUAGCACCCAGCAUACAAAAUUGCCGGUAACAGGUACUUGAUUGGCUAUUGAGUAUCCUAGAGAAAUGUCUAUAACAUGACUAGCAUUUGGCUGCCAACGGUCAAAAUUCCCAUCUGGCACACAACACAUUGGCCAAUGAUCCAUGUGGCAAAAAAACGUCUCAUACCCUUCUUUUGUGAAAGGAAGAUUGUGUCAUGCUAGGUCUUCAUAGGCAUCUUUUGCCUGGAAUAUGCUUCAAGAAUGACCAUUUUUGCUAAAAGUGUAUGCUAUGAUGAAAGCACAUCCAUGUAUACUUUUUGCAUUGUUAAAUGAACUAUUGAAUUAUAUAUGAUCAUUCUCAGAGGAAACUGUCA